CAGAUGUAGAACUUUGGUUUUUGAGUCCAGUCCCAACUUGCAGAUUCCUGGGCCAAGAAGCAAGAGAGAAACAGCUAGACAAGAUGAAAGUUCAAGUGAAGUCACAGAAAUCUUGGAUUGAAGGUGUCUUCAGUAAAAGAGAGUGUGCAAAAAUCAUACCGAGUUCCAAAGAUCCUCACAGAUGUCCUGCAGGAUGCCAAGUAUGCCAGAACUUAAUCCGAUGUUGCUGUGGACGGCUAAUUGGUGACCAUCCUGGGAUAGAUUAUGAUUGGCCUGUCUUUCAGUGUGCAGAGCAGAAAGAGAAUGAGGAAUGGUCUGUCCAAAUGAACACAAAGACUAGCCCCACUGAUGCAUUUGGUACUAUCAAUUUCCAAGAUGGUGAUCACACCUACCAUGCCAAGUAUAUCCGAACCUCUUAUGAUACCAAACUGGACCAGUUGUUGCAACUCAUGGUGAAAGAAUGGCAGAUGGAAUUGCCCAAACUGGUAAUUUCUGUUCAUGGUGGCAUCCAGAACUUCAAACUUCCAUCUAAACAUAAACAGCUUUUCAGCAAAGGCUUGAUCAAAGCUGCUGAGACUACAGGAGCAUGGAUACUAACCGAAGGCAUCAACGCUGGAGUGUCCAAGCAUGUGGGAGAUGCAUUGAAAAUCCAUGCUUCUCAGUAUUUAAGAAAGAUUUGUGCCGUUGGAAUCCCCCCUUGGGGUAUAAUUGAGAACCAGCGGGACCUCAUUGGAAAAGAUGUAGUCUGCCUGUAUCAGACAUUGGGUAACCCUCUCAGCAAGCUGAGCAGCCUCAACAGCAUGCAUUCCCACUUCAUACUGGCUGAUGAUGGCACAGUGGGCAAGUAUGGCAAUGAGAUGAAACUCAGGAGAAAUCUAGAGAAGUACCUGUCGCUUCAGAAAAUACAUACUAGAAUGGGCCAAGGAGUGCCUUUAGUUGGGCUGGUGGUGGAAGGCGGUCCCAACGAGAUCCUGACAGUGUGGGAAUAUGUGACAGACAAACCUGCUGUCCCUGUCGUAGUAUAUGAGGGAACUGGUAGAGCUGCUGACCUUCUUGCUUUUACCCAUAAGCACACAGCCGAUGUGAGGAAUUUGAGCCCUCAGCUUAGGGAAGAGAUAUUAUUAAUGAUUCAGAACAACUUCAGUUUUGGACAGAAACAGUCUCAUCACCUAUUUAAAAUUUUAAUGGCGUGUAUGGAACACAGGGAUUCUAUAACUAUAUUUGAUGCAGAAUCAGAGGAGCAUCAGGACAUUGAUAUGGCAAUCUUGACUGCACUUUUAAAAGGGACAAACAUGUCUGCUCCAGAUCAGCUAAAUCUGGCACUGGCCUGGAACAGACUGGACAUCGCGAAAAAGCAUAUAUUGGUUUAUGGACAGCACUGGAAGGUUGGCUCCUUGGAACAAGCAAUGCUGGAUGCUUUGGUAAUGGAUCGUGUAGAAUUUGUGAAGUUGCUAAUAGAACAUGGAGUGAAUCUGCAUCGUUUUCUUACCAUAUCUCGACUGGAAGAACUGUACAAUACUAAACAAGGGCCAACAAAUCCUCUUCUACGUCAUCUUCUCUGCGAUGUGAAACAGAGUACUCUUCCAGUGGACUAUACAAUAUCACUGAUUGACAUUGGGCUGGUAAUAGAAUACCUGAUUGGUGGAGCUUAUCAGAGUAGCUACACAAGAAAGCACUUCAGACUUCUGUACAACAGCCUUUACAGGAAACACAAGGGUGUUGUCUCCAGUUUGGCACAGAACCUCUCUCUUAAUCAGCAUAAUCGGAGGGAGAGUAGAUGCGGAUCUGCUGAGAAUACUUUGCAUUCCCAGUUUAUCAGAACAGCACAGCCUUACAAAGAAAAAUCAACUGUUCUUCAUAAAUCCAAAAAGAAGCGCAAAGAUGAAUUUACUGUCUCUGACGACCAAGAGUCAGUUGGCUUUAUUUACCCAUAUAAUGAUCUCUUGGUUUGGGCAGUGUUGAUGAAAAGGCAGAAAAUGGCCAUGUUCUUCUGGCAGCAUGGAAAGGAAGCUAUGGUCAAGGCAGUGGUAGCUUGCAAACUCUACAGAGCCAUGGCACGAGAAGCCAAGGAAAGCAACAUGGAGGAUGAUAUAUCAGAAGAACUGAAGAAGUAUUCAAAAGAGUUUGGGCAGCUUGCUCUAGAUGUCCUGGAUAAUGCAUUCAGACAAAAUGAGCAGAUGGCCAUGAAGCUACUGACAUAUGAGCUGAAGAAUUGGAGCAACUCAACCUGCCUGAAGCUGGCUGUGUCGGUGGGUUUGCGACGCUUUGUGUCUCACACAUGCACACAGAUGCUGUUGACUGAUAUGUGGAUGGGACGGCUGAAAAUGCGCAAGAACUCCUGGUUCAAGGUUAUUCUAAGUAUUCUCCUGCCCCCCACCAUCUUGAUGCUGGAGUUUAAAAGCAAGGCUGAGAUGUCGCAUGUGCCUCAAUCCCAGGAGUUCCAUCAGUUCACAUGGUACUAUGGUGAUCCUAGCACCUCCAGUGUUAAAGAUGACCUCUCACUGAGCAAUUAUGAUUUAGAGAAAGGAAUGGGAAAAAAGGAUGAAAGCCAGACUUUCCCCAUCAAUAAUGAGCAGGGAAGUCUUCCUGGGACUAGGAAAGUCUAUGAAUUCUACAACGCACCAAUUGUCAAGUUCUGGUUUCACACGAUGGCCUAUUUAGUCUUUCUCAUGCUAUUCACUUAUACUGUCUUGGUGGAGAUGAAACCAAAACCCAGUGUGCAGGAAUGGCUUGUGAUCAUCUACAUUUUCACCACUUCCAUCGAGAAAGUCAGAGAGGUAUUUAUUUCGGAGCCAGGAAAGUUCACCCAAAAAGUGAAAGUAUGGAUUUAUGAGUACUGGAAUUUUACAGAUUCUAUUGCCAUCAUCUUGUUCAUGACUGGUUUUGGCUUGCGCUUGGCUGGACCUCCACUUCACUCAGCAGGAAGGAUAAUUUACUGCCUGGAUAUAAUAUUCUGGUAUGCCAGGCUCCUCGAUUUCUUUGCUGUGAAUCAACAUGCAGGUCCUUAUCUAACUAUGAUUGGGAAAAUGACAGCAAACAUGUUCUAUAUUGUAAUUAUGAUGGCUAUAGUAUUGUUAAGUUUUGGAGUUUCUCGAAAAGCAAUACUUUCUCCGCAUGAGCAGCCAUCAUGGACCCUUGCACGAGAUAUUGUAUUCCAGCCUUAUUGGAUGAUGUUUGGAGAAGUAUAUGCAGGAGAAAUUGAUGCUUGUGAAUUAGACCCAGAGUGUCCACCUGGUUCCUUCCUCACACCAUUCCUCCAAGCUGUCUACCUCUUUGUACAAUACAUCAUCAUGGUCAACCUGCUGAUUGCUUUCUUCAAUAAUGUUUAUUUUGAUAUGAAAUCCAUAUCGAACAAACUCUGGAAAUACAACCGUUACCGCUACAUCAUGACGUAUCAUGAAAAGCCAUGGCUGCCACCUCCUUUCAUCAUUCUGAGCCACAUCGGUAUCCUCAUAAAUUGCCUCUGCCAUCGCCGGCUGACAAAUGAACUGGAUCACGAGGAAGGACAUGUUGAACUGAAGCUGUACCUGAGCGAUGAGGAAUUAAAAAAACUUCAUGAUUUUGAAGAGCAGUGUGUGGAAGAGUACCUCCAUGAGAAGAACGAAAGCCUGCAUUCCAGUGACAGUGAAAGGAUCCGUGUGACAACGGAAAAAGUUCAGGAGAUGUUUUCCCAGCUGAAGGAAGUGCACGAGAAAGUCUUUUAUAUCAAAGACGCUUUGCUUGCCCUGGACAGCCAGCUGGGACACUUACAAGACCUAUCUGUUUUAACUGUUGAUACACUGAAAAUCAUCUCAGCUGUGGACACCCUGCAAGUUGAGGAAGCCCUUCUUGUGGAUAAAAAGCAUCAGACCUGUCGGAAGCUUCCUCAUAGUUGGAGCAAUGCUAGGUGUUCAAAGGUCUUGAGCAGUAUGGAAAGCAUGAGUGAUAAGAAGUACAAUUACUACAGCAUGCCACCUUCUCUUCAGAAAAGCCUGACAAGGAGCCAGUGGUCAGUGAGAGGUCCUCUUCGCAUUCUUGGUGCCAUAGACUACACUGAGAUCAAACCGACAGACAGACAUCAGGAGCAGGAGAUUGAAAAUGACACUCUAACCUCUAGAGCAUCUUCAGAGAGUAAAACACCCCCUAGAUACGGUCAAUUUCUUCUGGUUCCUUCUAGUCAGCAAGGAGCCUCUGAAGAUGCUGGCUUAAGUUUGACCCUUUCAACUAACCUGAAUGAGCCCAGUGAAGAUGGACUGAAACCUAAGGCCCAAAGUAAGCAUGGCAGCACUACUGCGCAACUGAAUGUAAAGAGUGCUCCUGAUUGCGCAGAAAGAGAGCCAGUUUUCAAUCAAGACCAGGAACUGGGAUGUUCACCAGCCAAGAUGGACAGCGAGAUUCCAGUCGAACGCUCUUUAUCUAUCCAAACAUCUAGCAUUGCCAGUCAGAACUCUCAAUCUUCACAUCAGCAUAGGGAGGAAACAGGAGGAGGUUAUGUGAAUUGGGGUUUUUUGGAAGAUGAUGGAAAGAGUUCUUUUAGCAACAAGUCAAGGCAGCAUCCAUGCAUUCAUUCUACCGAUAAGAAAGACUGUGAUGGUAGCCCUCGACAUGUGCAGAUCAAGGAACCACAAUCGUUCUCCUACAGUUCUGACAGAUCGGGGUACAGCAGUGACAGCUCACAGUCUCUUCUCCCGUUCCAGCGCAGCAUGUCAGUCUGGAUCAACCCACUUAGGAGAAACUGGCCUUUCUACAAAGGAGGUUCCUUUUGUUCCCACCGUGCAGAGAAAGUGGGGAAACCCUGCAAAAUAAAAGAGCUAUCAAAAUCUACUGAGUUAUGCCAGUCAGUAUGGGCAAAGGCAAAACGUGGAAACAAAGAAAGGAGAUCUCUGAGGAAGAAACGGAAAACUCUUCAAGUGCCGGUGAUUACAGUAGACAGUUGUCCCCAGAGCACCCAAGUUAAUUCAGAGCCAUUUGAGAGCAGAUCUUUGGGAGACAAACAGGAGCACAGAGCCAGUUGGCUAACAGUAUCUCGCUUCAGUCAGCUAAGUUUGGAUCAUAUCAGUUGUAUGCAUCAGAACAUGAAAAAUCAAGAAACUGUGAGACACACAGUACAGAUUUAUGACUACUUGAGGCAAUCUCAGGAGGAUCUAAAUAACAGUGUUACUUGGACUAGGAAAAAUAGGCAGAAUAAUUUGAGCAGGAGCCAGUCAUUGAGAAGUUCAGAUGGAGCUGACAAAAUCUUAUCCUCCUUAAAAACCCCUCAAGAUCUGCACCAUCAUUACUCAGCUGUCGAAAGGAACAAUUUAAUGAGAUUGUCUCAAACUAUACCUUUUACACCAGUGCAGCUUUUUGCUGGAGAAGAAGUGACAAUCUAUAGAUUAGAAGAAAGUUCACCUUUGAACCUUGAUAAAAGCAUGUCGUCCUGGUCCCAGCGUGGCAUGGCUGCUAUGAUUCAAGUUUUGUCUCGGGAGGAAAUGGAUGGAGGCCUGCGGAGGGCUAUGAAAGUCAUCUGUACCUGGUCUGAGAAUGAUGUGCUACAGUUGGGCCAUGUCUUCAUUGUAAAGUCUUUCCUUCCUGAAGUAGUUCAGAGUUGGCAAAAGAUCUUCCAUGAAGGCACAGUGCUUCAUCUCUGCCUCAGAGAAAUACAACAGCAAAGGGCAGCUCAGAAGUUGAUAUAUACCUUCAAUCAAGUGAAGCCACACACCGUUCCAUAUACCCCAAGGUUCCUGGAGGUCUUCUUGAUUUAUUGCCAUUCAGCCAAUCAAUGGCUGACGAUAGAAAAGUACAUGACAGGAGAGUUCCGUAAAUAUAAUAACAACAAUGGGGAUGAGAUCACACCUACAAAUUUGCUUGAAGAAGUUAUGCUGGCCUUUUCUCACUGGACGUAUGAGUAUACUCGAGGAGAACUCCUUGUACUGGAUUUGCAAGGUGUUGGAGAGAAUCUUACAGACCCAUCCGUUAUUAAACCUGAAGACAAGCAAUCCAGAGGCAUGGCAUUUGGACCAGCAAACCUUGGGGAGGAAGCAAUCAGAAACUUCAUUUCAAAGCAUCGCUGCAAUUCCUGUUGCAAGAAACUCAGACUUCCUGAUCUGAAAAGAAAUGACUACACACCUGGGAGGCUUAAUCCAGCUUUCAAGGCUGAAACAGAAGCAAUGGCAGAAACAGGAGAUGAGGCUACUGCCAGCGAUGAACCUUUGGAAUGUUAUACCCGAUUGUGA